AUGGCCUGUAUUUCUCCUCGGUCGUCAACCGAGCAAAUGGGUUUGCUGUCGUCAUUGUCCGCAGGGUACCCCACUUGCCGGUUCCUCCAGCGAGUUUACCCCUGUGCACCGCCUCUCGAGCGCCACACAGUUCUUGCAACUGGUCCACUGAAGUUCAAAGCAGACCCGAAUCCCACUGGUAAUUCGAACCGUCCGAUAAGGCGAUUCGGAAGUGCCUUGGCAAGAUAUUCUGAGGAUUUGGUAGACGUUGGAAGUCUUAAUUUACCAGGCCAGGCUGUUCAAGAGGAACUGGCAAGCAUGACCAUCACAGAAGACUUUCCGCAACACCAAAGAGCCCCAGAAGUUUCUUGGGACAUGGCGAAAUAUGAAAAGACCUCAAAAGGUCAAACUUAUUCCACCUCGUCUCAUCUCGUCAAGGUCCUUCAUUCACUUGGUAGCCAUCACCAUUCACUUACAAAUCUCAAGCCUGGUGAGACAACCAUACCGACACCCACAGACAUGUCUUCAAACGACAAUUCCACUUCCGACUCCAAGUCCUUCUCUGGAGCAAAUGAACCGAACGACUUAACUUCCCCCGCAGUCAGUGGCUUGGAAACCAAUGGCUCACCCCUCCAUCCGAGUCUCCGCGAUGCCGUCACCGUCGCGAACAGCUAUUUUCAAGUGAGGGCUGCCGUAGAGGCAGCCGAUGAUGCAGCGCUUACCGAUGACGAAGCGCGCGCUGUGUUAGACACUCUCGGAAUACAGCUCGCUCCUGGCGAGGACGCCUCCUUGAAGCUGAAGGGCUUUGCUAUUAGCUUGACAAAGCGCCGGGGGUCUUCCUUCUAG